AUGUCUGGCGUGGAGCAGAGAUUAGCUGGAGCAUUGUGCGUUUUCUUCUUUUUUCCCCUUCCGGCGGCCUGUUUGACUGGACGUGUCAAGUCUACGAGCACAAUCACGCGAGGCGCCGUCCCCGCCCUUCCUGAUGGCGCCAAACGCUACGAUCGUGAACUCCCCGGUCUGCUCGGGGAAUACGCAGCCGCGAAUGCCCAUAGUUGGUACCAAUACUAUAAUGGCCAAGACAAGGCAUGGGGAUCCGCAACGUUGCCUAUCACACUGCUGGAAAUGUCGGCCCUUGCAUUUGCGAUGCUGAGCAUCGCUUCUUAUGCGGCGCGGUGGGAAAAGCCGGUCGAUGUCCUGUACCAUAUUCGUCUCGAAGAGCAUUCUUCGCUGGAUCAUGAUCAGGAUGGUCGUGCACCCCUCGAAGUCUUUGAUCCCUUGGAUGCCGACACAAAACCGAUGGCACCUCUAUCUCCUGCUAGAAGCUUUGACGCCCUCGACAAACUUUCCGAAGUCGAUAGCUCAAACCCCAUAGAACUCCAUCCUCCUCCCAAUAUAGCCUCUUUUGAGCCACCCGCGGGUUAUAGCAGUGGUUGGCUUAAUAUUUCCGACACUUCAACUCUGAAGGACACCACCACCCAUCCUGGACCUUCUCUACUGGAACUCAUCAGAUGCUGUUUCAAGACUGCUGAGCGUUGGAGAAAGAGAGCCAUUGGACCUUUUACGGGGAUAUAUUUCUCGAUGGUGGGCUUCAUAUUUGGCGAUGACAUCAGUUCGGCGGUUGAAAGACCUGUGCCAACUGCCGCAGUCGGUGCCGUGGGGAUGUCAUGCUGCGAUGGCGGUACAUCAACAGAGGCAGACGAUUUUCUGGUGCGCUUGUUAGCAGUGAUUUAUGUGGGAUGCCUGUUUGGGGCAAUCCACUGUGCGGCUUGGUCGUUCGACUUUCCUUCGCAUGCGGAAAAGGUACUAUGUCUAAUACAGCAGGCGCGAAAGGGCGUUAGGCGCAGUCGUGUUUCGAACAAGAUUACCCCAAACGAUUAUAUCGUUAUGGAAAAGAAUGGCAUUCUCAAGACAUUCAUGAACUUUGGGUCGAUUGUCUUGCCUGUCUUGGGUGUUGGCGUGUAUAUCGUAGCGCGGAUUACUUUGAUUAUCCUUGCACUCUUAGAAUUCCGUUCAUUAUCGCCACUGGCUCUUCGUACUGUAUAUCGGACAACGUUCAUACCUCAUAUAUGA